AUGGGAUCAAAUGUGAAAUUCAUGGUCCCGGCGGCCAGUCUAGUGAUGCCGCUCUCUUCAAUCAACACAGUGGCAUAUGACCCUGUUUUCUCUUCUGUGACACAUCUGAGCCCUGCUCAGAAUGCUGCUGAGUUGAGUCUGCAGAGUUCUGUGAUUUCUUCAUCUUCUCUUUAUGAGAAGGCUCUGAUGCAGUCUCUGAUCAGCAUUACUACUUAUCUGCACUGUAUCAAGCAGCUGAAGAAGAAGAGAAUUCUAUACACUUAUCUCUUCUCUCACUUCUAUUAUUUCUGUUAUACUGGCAACAAUGACUUCUAUCUCUCUUACAGAGUGAGAGUCUCAGAGCUUCAAGUGUUGACAGAUUCUAUCAAGACUGAGAAGGUCCUUCUUACUUAUCUGCAAAAGAAGAUGAAAGUGUGA